CCGCCGCGCAUCUGUAACAUUUACACACAGCUUGGGAUAAUUUCGGGGGACAUUUUCAACAUACCGUUGCUGGUAGCUGAACUCAGCUUUUCUCUUUCUUUUUGGCUGCUAGCUUAUCUCUGAGACUGCAUUGUUGUUCUGUCUUGGUUCUGUGUAUAUGCGCGCAGAGGGGGGAAGGAUGGAAAAAAAACUCCUUAUAAAUGUAGCAAAUAAAUAUGGCCGUGCGUCCUGGCACAUGGACAAUUCUUCUCGCAACCGGACUUAAUUCGUGUCGCAAAUGGAUACGUCUGUGUAGCCUGCUGCUAAACAAGCUUUCCCCCCACUCGUGUGUUUGUGUCACACCGCUGUUAUGGUUUCACUAUUCAUUUUUUUUUUACUCAAAAUUGCGCAGUGAGCUAGGGGAGCCAGCAGCGGGCAAUUAUAGCUACAACUUGAAAGUUUUGGUUGAAUGAAAGUGUUGUAUGGGUGAGCGUGUGUCCACAUGACCCUUAACAAAGCUCCAAAACCUCAUUCCCAGAGUGGGUUUCUGUUGUUGUUGUGUUUUGCGGCUAAUGAUCCAACAAAGCAACCAGUGGGUGGUCAGAUUUACAGUCACGUUAAAGUCUUGCUUUGAAACGGAGGGAAACGUUUUUUCUGCUAACCGCGACGAAGUUGCUGAAAAACCUUGCCUUCAGCUUAAUUGUUUUGGGAAAUUCGGCGACCUGGCUUCAAAAAUUGGGCCCCCCUUUGGAACUCCACAAAGUGAAGGUUGAUAUGCCACAUCAGUGAUGGAGCCCAUGACGGUGACAACGUCAGUGGUUGGACCCGAUGAGUUCGACCGCAAUGCCCCACGGAUAUGCGGCGUGUGCGGAGACAAGGCCACCGGCUUCCACUUCAAUGCCAUGACCUGUGAGGGCUGCAAGGGCUUCUUUAGACGCAGCAUGAAGCGCAAAGCCUCCUUCACCUGUCCGUUCAACGGGAGCUGCACCAUCACAAAAGACAACCGGCGCCACUGCCAAGCAUGUCGUCUUAAACGCUGCAUCAACAUCGGCAUGAUGAAAGAAUUCAUACUGACAGAUGAGGAAGUGCAGAGGAAAAGGGAAAUGAUAAUGAAGAGGAAAGAAGAGGAGGCAGCCCGGGAGGCACAGAGGCCACGUCUGAAUGAGGAGCAGGUGCGGAUGAUCUCCAGCUUGGUGGAAGCUCACCAAAAGACCUACGAUGCCUCCUAUUCUGAGUUUUCACGCUUCAGGCCUCCAGUGCGUGACGGCCCGAUAACACGCAGCACCAGCAGAGCCGCCUCCCUUCACUCGCUGUCUGACGCCUCCUCUGAUUCAUUCCAUCACUCACCUGAAUCUGUGGACACCAAGAUGCACUUCUGCAACUUGCUGAUGAUGUACCAGGAUGGACUGUGCAGUCCUGACUUCUGCGAGGAAGACGCCAAGCACUCCAUGCUGCCCCACCUCGCCGACCUGGUCUCCUACAGCAUUCAGAAAGUCAUUGGAUUUGCCAAGAUGAUACCAGGAUUCAGAGAACUGACCGCAGAGGACCAGAUUGCUCUGUUGAAGUCGAGUGCCAUUGAGAUCAUCAUGCUGCGCUCAAACCAGUCGUUCAUCCUGGAGGACAUGUCCUGGAGCUGCGGUGGAUCCGACUAUAAAUACUGCAUCAAUGACGUCACAAAAGCCGGCCACACCCUGGAGCUGCUGGAGCCGCUGGUGAGGUUCCAAGUUGGUCUGAAGAAGCUCAAUCUGCACGAAGAAGAGCAUGUGCUGCUCAUGGCCAUCUGCCUGCUGUCUCCAGACCGGCCCGGCGUUCAGGACCACGCCCGCAUAGAGCAGCUGCAGGACCGUAUGUCGGAGACCUUGCAGGCCUACAUCCGGGUCAACCACCCGGGCGGACGCCUCCUCUACGCCAAGAUGAUCCAGAAGCUGGCCGACCUGCGCAGCCUGAAUGAGGAGCACUCCAAGCAGUACCGCUCGCUAUCUUUCCAGCCCGAGCACAGCAUGCAGCUCACCCCGCUGGUGCUGGAGGUGUUCGGGAGCGAGGUGUCAUAGCUGAGGAGGAGGAGAAGAAGGAAUCCUUUUUUUUUUCUUUUUUUUCCCCCUUCUACACAGACUCAUUAAGCACAGGAUGAUUAGCAAAGUCUGCUGCUUUCUCCUCAAUUCAAAACAAAGGUUUUCACAACCCCCACACUCUGACUCUCCGGACGCUCAGGAGGCAGGUGGAUAAUCACAUCUUCCCCUCUGUCUACAUCUCUUUCGUUACUCCUGGCUUGCAAAAACCAAACAUCAGCCAUAACUGGAUAUCUGGAUUUAUAGAAUAGAAGUCUGCUGCUGGAUCACCAGAAUCUCAAACUUUGUUUUCGUUUUGUUUUGUUAUCUUUCCCCCACUUGCUCGUUUUCAUCCUUUCCACAACUGUGGAAUCCAAAUGUUUUCCAUCACUGGAAUCUACUCCUUGUAACACUUUCUGAAAGUGAAGACAGCUUGAUAGAUGUCAUUUUCCUCUCACCAUCAUUCUCAUCAUCAUCAUCAUCAUCAUCAUCAUCAUCAUCAUCAUCAUAACUUUCCCACAUGUUCACAUGGCAACAACAGCACUCAGAUUUGCAUCUCUUACUCAUCUCUCAGCGAUGGACUCUUAUGUAAAUAACUAUGAAAUUUUGUUGGCUUACAAAUUCUAACAAAAUCAUCCAAAAAAUAUUGAGCGAGCUGACACGAAGUAGAAACACUUUUGGGUCACAAUGGUAGUUGAGCGAUCUAUAAAUUAUGUGUUAUGUGAAAGAAGAAAUCUUAAAUAUUCAAAACAUAUGAAGACAAAUCUUUCUGCAGAAUUUUUUUAGUUUGAGAAUGAUGGUGCACUUUUUGAAGAAAAAAAACAAGAGGAUACUGGGUAAUCAGAUGGAAGGGGGUUUUACAUUUGUAAAAAAAAGAAGAAUGUAUGUAUAAUUCUACAUAGUUAAAUAUGAUAAACAUAAGAUAUAGAAGUCAAACAUUAGCUAAUAUUUGACUUGUACUGUAUAUAGACAGAAAUACUUCUGAGGGUGCUUAAUUAUAAAAGUAAUAAUAAAGAGGAUGUUAAGGCCUCUCCUCAGAUACGUGUAUAUGCAACAUGUACACACAUGCACUGACGUGCUAUGAGGAGUCGCUCUAUUUUUGCUAAAUGUGUACCGCGUGCAAGAGUAUUGAUGGACCACAAGGGGGUGUGUGCACAGGCUCUGACUGAACCACAACAAAUGCUCUUUGUUGUGCUCUUCUAUUUUUUUUUUUUUUUUGGACCUGUGAAGUUUGUAGGCUGACAUACACAAAGAUAAUUUCCUGUUUUGUGGAUGGGUAUUUUUUCAGAAAACAAAGAAAAAAAAAACAAACAAAAAAAAAAUCUAGUCAUUGGGCUGGUUGGAUUGCUGCUAAGACAGAGCUUAGAUAGUUGGACAGAAACCAGCUGCCAGCUGUUGCCUCAGGGAAAGUUUGUCUGAUGAUAAUGUGUAUUCGGGUUUUUACAGCGUGCAUGUAUGUGUUUGGCGUAAGCUUACAAUCAUGAGAGGGAGAUUUCGAGAGUUUUUGAAGCUCAAGGCAUCACUGUGAUUUGUAAUCAUACUGAAUAACAGCAAAAGGAAGCUAACAGAUUAAUGUUUCUGGAAGAAAAAAACUAACAAAAUUCUCUAUUUGAGAAACAAAAAUUUAUGAAAUUAUUUCACAUGGUCAGAUUGUCUUUAAGAGAAUAUAUGUAAUACAUUUUUAGAUACACAAUCAUUCUGAAUAAAUUAGUAGAAACCGUAAAUUGAAUGUUUUUAAGGAUAAGGCAAACAUUCUAGAGCAGUGGUUCUUAAACAUUUUAUAACUGUAAAUAUUCUGCAAUAAGACUGAAAAAUGAAGAAAAGGUUCACCUGAUGUUAGAAUUCAAAAUGUGGAAAGUCUGCGUUCUCUCAAAAUUCAAAUUAUGGUUGUGAGUGAAUGAUGCAGCAAUCACAGCGCCACAAAUAUUGUUCUUGAUAACUUCAUUUAAUCAGAUUUCCAGAUUUACUGAUAUUUAUCUAUAUUCUCAAUGAACAAACUGAAGAAAAUUUGUGAAAAUACUAAUCCUGACAAUAGGGACAGUUUUAGAGGUUAUUAAACAUUACUAAUUUGAAUUUGUCAAGACAACAUUAAAUGGAAAUCUUAUAAGAAGUUUAUCACAAUUAAUGAUAAACGAUAUGAUAAAAGCCCACCCUUGUAGAUGGUGACAAAGUGCCCUCCAAUUGAUUUUUGGGAUCAUGUGUUACAUGUGCAUAAGCAAACAUUAGACAUUUUGUUUCAUAAAUACUACUAAAAAUUGUUAGUUUUGCUAAAGCUAGCCGAGGUGCUAGCACCGGUACUUGCAUGAACAUUUGAGAACCACGGCUCUAGAGGAGUAGCAGACUGUAAUCACAAAGGGCAGAGACACAAACAUGAAAAGGACUUUUAAAUGGAUGGAAAUAAGUUCAGCCUCCUACCUUUGUGUUGUCACAUUUAUGUCAUUUCAAUACCAGCUGCAUAAGCAAAGGUAGUUUUUAUCACUACAUAUCAUAUUGUUUCUGUUGAUAUGGCGCAUGCUCACACCUCAUGCAGGCCUGAAUCACCCCCUUGUGGAAAAAAAACAAACUUUGUAAAUACCACUUUCUUAGACUGUACAUAGAAUCUGAUGUAGGUAAAUUACUAAGAGGAGUAAGUCGUUGACGGGAAGGUGCUUUGGAGAUACUAGGCUAUAUGCAAUUAGAGAAACUCUUACUGUGUAUUCAACUUUGAGUGAACAGAGCUGUUUAAUAUGACUGACUUAAUGAGUCGUUUAUGUCACAUAUAAUAUUGUAUCAUGAAUAUGCUGGAGGGCUAGGAUCAGCUUCCAUCUAACGCCAAAUAUGAGCUUUUGAUGUAAUCCUUUAAUAAAGGGAUGGAAAUAAAAAAUGAUCUUAAUUUAAAAUGAAUUGAAUAUUCCCAUAAUACUAUAAUCACGCAAAGCGACUCAGUAAGUUCUCAAUAUUAGGCAACUUUUUGUCCAUUCCAAGAAUUCUGGAUGUAGGUCUUUCCUCUCUUGUUCAAUCAAAUAAGCUUUCGAUGAUAUAUAUACAUAGUACUUUCAUUUGGGUAAUUAUCUUAUUUCUUCUCUUUGUCAAGAUUGUUGAUUUGCAUCCUGCUGCAAUGCUUGCGCUUGGCUUUCUGCUCGGGAGCGCUGUUGAAUGAAGCCGGGAUGAUCAGUGUGUGUGGAUCUAUGGAGCCUAUCCCAAGUAUUUUAACUCGACAAGGAAAAGCAAAAACGUUUGCUCAUUCAUGUCAUCAUCUGUAAGAACUGCAGUCCACAUAUGCAUCAUUUCUAAUUUCUCAGACCGCCAAGUGAUCAUCAAUAACACUGCCUCAACUGGUUGGGUACGAGACGUAUCUGACUACUAGCUACGGCGUGCCUCUUUGUUACCUUUUGGCUGGUUGAUGAACCAGCCUCUUUGUUCAUCAACCAGCCAUGUUUCCAUCUCUUUGUCUGUUUUGUCAUCGUCUUCAACAGCCAGUUACAACAACUUUUCUCUGCAUAGCUUUAAGUUAGCAGCCAACCAAGUUCUGCUCUGGAAAUCCAUGACACACUCAAGAAUGGAGGUCCUAGGAUUUGAAAGAGCGCCGUCAGUUUGGACCUCAACAAGACUGUGUAGAAUUUGUACAAAGGUCAUACGAGAUCAAGUGUUUUUAAACUACGAAAACGUAGAAACUUGCCGUACAAGCAGAGCACUUAAGAGACUGACCGAUGGACAGACGUCGCCUCAGAUGUCGAGUUGGGACAUUGUCAUGCUUUGUACUCCGUGACUCAAGGUUCUGAUUUUUUUUAACAAAUUGUGGUUUGUUUGGUAACGAUAGUCGUAUAAAGACUUUUUACAUUCAGCAUCUACAUCACAGAAUGCAGGACAGGGCAACAGGGGGGAGAAUCUGCAGUUUUAGGGGUACAGUGUGACGCAUCAGUUAUAUCUGGAUCAAAUUUAGAUGUCUACACUCCUUGGACAAAAAUCUUCUUGCAGUUUUCACACCAUUUUAUAGCAUAUUUGUAGAUCUGAUUUGUUAGUGCCCCCAAAUUCAUUGAAGUCUCUCCCCUCCUGAAGCCCUCGUCCCUCUCGAACCAGGUCAGCAGCUCCACCUCAGUAGCCUUAUUUACAAAGACCUCACUAAGCUGGAAACAUUUAACAGAUUGCCUCAGUGAUUUACAGUAUAGACUUUUCACAAUAGCCUUUAAAGGGAACCAAACAUAAACUUCUACCACACACACGCAAACACAUCACGACUCUCUCCUCAGAAACCUUCUGUGUUUUCAACCUCAAGUCGACUGCAAACUCUAAAGCACUUAUUGCAUAACAAGGGACAUCCGGUAGAAUUUGCUAGUCAGUAUUCAAGUGGAUCCCAAUGUUUCUAAAUGUUAACUCUCUGCUUUCCCUUCUCUUCUUUGUUUGUCUCUGUCCGUGUUCUGCUGAGCUUCGGCACCGCGUUUAACCAAAAAUAUUACCUCUCCUGUCUGCACAUAUAAAUAUAUAUUUUUGGGGGAGUUGCAGCAUGAUUGUGUAAUAUAGAAAACAAGUUUUUAUUUGAACAAUAAUCUAGAGGUUUUUAUGUUUGUAUAUUUACAGUAGAGUUUUUUUCUUUUUCGAUGCUGGAUUAUUUUUCUUUUCAUUUUUUUUUUUUUUUUAUACCUGAAAUUGGUACGAAUCUUAAAUCUGCAGUGUGUAACUUUAACUCCCCCUUCUGGCUGAUAGAUGAAUUACAAUAUAGAUAUAUGGAUGUACAGCCAGACAAUUUCACUGCUUUCAUUCGUACUAUAACUCAUAAUUUUUAUUGCAAUUAAAAUCGUUAUAUAUUGGUAUAGAUAUGCAACACCUGACACUUACAGAUUUAUUUAUUGUGCAUUUAAAAGUUUAAAAAAUUGAAAAACAUCAGAGUUGCAUCAUUCCAUUAGAAGUCUUAGACAGUAAACACUGUAUUAAUUUUGUUUUUAUUUUUUUGCAUGGUAAAUUAGCUUACAGAGCAGAUUCAACAUUCGCAGGUCCUUGCAUGUUCAUUACUCCAGUUUUAAUGUCAUUAAAAGGGGGUCGUUCUUGCACUUUCUCACUGACUGAAGUGCAUGUUUAAACUCCCUGCCUGGUAACUAAAGCUUCGUUCACAUAGCAAUUUAAAGCGCAGGUAAUUGUCUGAUCCCCAUGUGUGACAAGAUCUAUUUUGACUGAAAAGCAAAACUCUUGUAGGUAAUUGGACCUAUAGAAACAGCUCUCUGUAUCUUACUGCACCUGCUUUUAAACAACCGUUGAUUGCCAUUGUAGCAUCAGUUCAGAGCAAAACCCUGUAGUGUUCUCUCACAGAACACUUAGAAAUGCCUGAGAAAAAUACUUGUGCCAUGUGUAAAAUGCUUUAAUUUCUGUUGAGCUCUUUAUGAAGUGUUAUUUUUGAUAAUAUGCAGCUGCACUUAUUAGCACCCCUGGUAAACAAGGGUAAAAUGAGCUAAGAUAAGCUUGUCUUUUAACCCUCCCGCGUUUUUAUUGCAAUGCUCAUUGAGGCGGCACAUGUGACCGUGAGGAGGCAGGAGCAAUUAUCCCAUCAGAUCGUCAGUUCUAGAAACCACAACAACAAUCAAAGCACUUAUGUCGCUUGGGGGUUCUGCGCACAGCGAAAAGCUUCUGGGGUCCAGUUGACUCCAUCUCUUAAGACUGCAGGAGGGUUUUGUUUAAUGCAGAAGCAUUAUCUCACACUGAAGAAGGAGGGAAGUUCAAACAAGUCAUUUAAAAGUCCCACAUUAGAAAAAAAAUAAGGAAUACUAAUCACAGAAAAACAUAUUUAUGCAUAUUGAUGCCCCAGGGAAAAAGAAAGACAUGAACUCACAUCUUUAAAAAAAGCUAAGUAUUAACGUUUCCACCUGUGAUUUUGUCCAAUAAAAUAAUUUUUUAUUGAACAAAUGAAUUUUUCCGAUUAAAAAGUUUACCAAUACAGAAAUUCAGAGGAGUUCUUCAGCUGCAAAAAAAAGCAGACCACAGGCUUUGAACGUCUGCCAGGGGUGCCACUAAAUAAGGUGAGGUCUGUUGAUAAAGUAGGUUACAUAUACAACCAUAAAAGACUAAAUAGUAGAUGAUAUUCUUCAAAAGCUACGAAACUAACAGCUGCAUUGCCGUUGGAUGAAAACCACCUUUGUGCAGCUAGUGCCAAAACUUUUAGCUCAGCUGAAACGUUGAGCUGAAACAAUUUGACGUUUAUUAGUGUAAGACAAGGAGAGCUGUAGACUUUUCUCUCGUUCAUGUCGCUCAGCCGGCUGGUUGAGUUUUUGUAACAUUGGGAUCCUGAUUUAGUUGUUCAUCACCAAAAGUAGCUUUUUUUUUGCUUUGUUUUUGCAGCCAGACACACACAAAUACAUACACACACACACUUUCACAUUUAUAGUGCAGCCUAUCACGCUCGGUACUCUGCCUUCUGUCGCUCACCUCUAACUGAUUCUGAUUGGCUGAUUUAGUUGGUGCUGUGAGUCCAUUUGAAGACAACCAGGCCACUUUGUUCCUGGAAGAGUUUUUUUUUUUUCUUUUUGUGAAUGAGAUAUAUUGCCAGCUUCACUUAAGUCAAAAUUUAGCACCUCAAACUGCACUGUGAAAAAGGAUCCAACCCUUCCAGAUUUCCUUGGUUUUUGCUUGUUUUGCCUCACCUAAAUGUUUAAAGUCAUCAUUUUCAGACUUUGACUAGGCCACUCCAAGUUCUCCAUUUUGGGGUGUACUUUCUGGUGUUGUCCUGCUGUAUAAUUUCAAGAUGUGCUUAAACUUAAAAAACAUGAAUUGGACAUCCUGUUUCAGCUGAAUCCAUCCUGUUCCUGAGGAAGCAAAGCAUUGUGCUCUGAGCUGUUAUUCUCAGAUUCGGUUUCAUAGAUUUGUGCCCACAUUUUCCUAAAGUUUUACUGUUUUUCAGAUCUAGGGAUAUUUUUCUAAAAGUCUUGGAAUUCUUGGCUAAUGUAGGACUAAUAUGUUCCUUUUGAUAAUUGGUGGUUUGGAGUUGAAAUGCCCCUCAGGUGGUCAUCUUUGCCUAGUUUCUGUCUUGCUGUUGAAUCAUGAACACUGACCUUGACUGAGGUCGGUAAGCCCUUCAGGUGUUGCUCUGGUAGUUUUGUGACCUUGUGGGUGAGUUGUUGAUGAGUAAUUCUGUUGGUUCCUGGGAAGCUUCACCACUCUUCCAUGUUUUCACCGUUUGUCUACAGUGAUUCAGUGUGGUUCCUGAAAUCCCAAAACUUUAGAAAUGGGUUUGUAAAUAUUCCCAGACAGACGGACGUCAAUGACCCUGAGUUUCCCUUGCGUCACGAUUUAUUGCUAUUUGACAUCAUUCAGCCUACUUUAUGUUGUCAGACAGGUACGACUUGAGUGAGUUUUUGAUCUGAUAGCUAAUCAGAGUUGGGUGCUGGUAAUAAAUCCAAACUACAUGGUUUGUAUGGGUGCUUCAAAUCCUUGAAAAUGCUUGAAUUUCAAUUAGGUGUUUUCAACAUUUGGAAAGUACUUCAUUUUUGUACAAAGUCCUUAAAAGUGCUUCUGCACAGUUUUGAUCUGUGUAACAACUUUAUUGAAACUGUUGAAUUAUUGUUUUGUUUUCAUAUCAGUCAGGUGUGUUGGGUGUGUGAAAGAGACAUUUCAAAACAUAAAAUUGUGUUGCAUUUUAGCUUACUACUCAUUGAAACUGACUUCUUUAGUUCAUUUGUAUUAUUUUUAUCUUCAGUGUUUGGCGCUGACAAAGUUUGGAAGUUUACCUUGAUAAUGCUUGAAAAGUGCUUGAAUUUUGGGAAAAUGUACAAACCCUCAGCCUAGUUUUUGGCGUUAAUCAGGUGAUUCAUUCAGCAAGAUAAAUAUUUGCUAAAUGGUUCUUCAUUCAAGGUCUAGGUCCUUCGGAUAAGUUUUCACUCUUAAUAAGUCAUAGUUUGAGCACUACCUUUCAUAUUUCCUCAGAUCAUCUUUGUCUGAUGUAGCAAUCUGUUCAGGUAAAACAGUGAUGUCAUCAAAAUUGUGAAUGUCAUUAAAAUAUUAAUAAUUAGCAGUCUCUGCAUUUGAUGACUCCUUCAUAAGAUUAAAUAAUAUUGAACAUAUUUUAACAUUAACAAAAUAACUGCUUUGAUUUGAUCAUCUGAUGGAUUGCAUUCCAAAACUUACGACCAAAACAUUUAAGUGUGCCAAAAAGAAGACAUCUUUAAGGGGUAUGUCCUUUUUUCAUUGUGCUGUAGCUUCAAGUGGAUCUCACAUUUUUCAACCUUUUUGAUUGAAAGUGUUUGAACUAAAACUUGUUUGACCUUGAGAAGAGCAGCUGCAUACAAAGUCUCUGUUUCCUUCCUGUUAGCUGAUUGUUACCGUCUGCUCUGACUCCAUUUCUCUGCUACCUCUAAAUAUGCGCUUGCUUGUUCACACACAUUAACACCUGCACUUCAAUACUGACUGAAGCAGACAGUGAACACACACUCAUUCAGACAAACACACGUGUGCACUUCUCGUUCUCUCACCAGCAGUUUUUUGCCAAUGAUGCACUCGUGUUUUUUUUCUAGUAAAAUGUUCUGCAAAACAAAUGAAGUCUGAGAAGUGAUUAAUCAGCUUAUGUAUCUCUUUUUCUUGCUGUUUUUUUUUUAUUAUUAUUAGCAAAUCUAUAUAAUACUUGGUUUGGACAAGUGAUUUAACGUAAAUUGAAUUGUAAAUCAUGUACAUUUCAAAAAGCUUAAUGUCUUUUUCAAAGGAAACACAGAACUGCACAUUGUGCUCAGCUCAGUUUUACCUUGGUGUGCCUAAACCCACAGCCUUAUUUUGGGACUAUAUCAGGGGUUUUCAACCAGAAUUCAAAACGUUCUGUAUCGUCUUUUUCUCUCUUUCUCUCUCUCUUCAUAUCCACAUGUAUGUUAGUUUGUAACAAGCCAAAAGUAGCUCUCAUGGAGGCACAUUCCCAUCACAGGGAUGUGCUCAGUCUUGGUUUAUGAUGGCUGGGAUUCUCUUUUAUUUAUUCCCCUUAUGAGGAUACAUCCGACUAAUCUUCAGUCAGAUAACCUAAAAAAAGAAUACGACUUGUUCUGAUGUGGCAAAGUGUAAUAAAAUUCAGAGUUUUUAUGUGAUUUGACUUAAUUUAAGCUUGUUUGUACGAAUGUCCUGUAAACAGACAUGUCCUAAUAAUUUUGUGUGCGAGAAGCAAAUGUUUUAAGUCAGUUUAUUUAAUGAAGAGUCCCAAGAUGAGUAUCUUUAUCCGCUGCACUUGCACACACCACCAUGCAGUAGAAGUCACCAGACCGUAGCGCUUCUAGCUAAAAUCAGAACCCACUGCUGCCAUGGCGAUGCUGUUAAUGAUCUUAUCAAUAGCCGUAUAGAAACAAAAUAGUGUUGCACAAGAAGUACCUUAACCAGUGUCUAUUUUUGGUCAAAUCACCGCCUGUCUGUCUGUUGUUUUUUUUUUUUUUUUCUUUGUUUUUUGUUUCUACUUUUAUUUAUUUUGGUGUUGCUCCUUUUGCUCCCUUCAUUUAUAAGCAAAUUCUUUUGAUUACCAUUAUUGUAUGUAGUAAAAUAUUAAUAAUGUUUUUUUGGGGGGGGGGAUCACAAAUAAAACAGCUGUACAUAAUGAUGCAAACCCAAGCUGGAUCUGUUUGACUUUUUUUGUUUCUUCUUUUUUAUUUUUGGAAAUGCAAAACUGGUAGAGAUGUCUAAAUAAAUGCA